UCCCUCAUAUUCAUUUCUCUGAACCUGUCCUUUCUUCCUCUGUCAAAAAACUUCCCUUUUCCAUAUUAUCUUCUCAGAAAAAUUGAGCAAUUAUUAAGAGAAGUUUAGAAAAUGUGGUAUCUAUGUGUUGGAGCGCUGGCUGUUAUAUGGAUUACACACUGGGUUUGCAGAUGGAGAAAUCCCAGUUGCAACGGGAAACUCCCACCUGGUUCCAUGGGAUUGCCACUUCUGGGUGAAACCCUUCAGUUUUUCUCUCCUAACACUACUGAUAACGUUCCCCCCUUCAUCAAACUGAGGAUGGAAAAAUAUGGCCCAAUAUUCAAGACCAACUUGGUAGGACGUCCGGUUGUAAUAUCAACAGACCCUGCUCUUAAUCACUUCAUCUUCCAACAAGAAGGACAAUUGUUUCAGAGCUGGUACCCAGAUACCUUCACAGAGAUAUUUGGGAGACAAAACGUUGGUUCUUUGCAUGGUUUUAUGUACAAGUACCUCAAGAACAUGGUAUUACACCUGUUUGGUCCUGAAAGCCUUAAAAAGAUGAUUUCAGAAGUUGAACAAACAGUUUGCACAACAUUGCAGCAGUGGUCCUUCCAGGAAAGUGUUGAAUUGAAAGAAGCAACAGCAAAGAUGAUAUUUGAUUUGACUGCUAAAAAACUCAUCAGUCAUGAUUCGGCCAAGUCUUCGGAGAACUUAAGAGAGAACUUCGUUGCAUUUAUCCAAGGACUCAUUUCAUUCCCUCUUGACAUUCCUGGAACAGCCUAUUACAAAUGUCUUCAGGGCAGGAAAAAGGCAAUGAAGAUGCUGAAGAACAUGCUGCAAGAAAGACGAGCAAGGCCUCGGAAACAACAGAGUGAUUUUUUCGAUUAUGUGGUUGAAGAACUUCGGAAAGAAGGAACUAUACUUACAGAAGCAAUAGCUCUUGAUCUCAUGUUCGUGCUUCUGUUCGCAAGCUUUGAAACCACCUCUCUGGCUAUUACCUGUGCCAUCAAAUACCUCGAGGACAAUCCCUUAGUGCUCAAGGGAUUGGAAGAAGAACAUGAAGCCAUCCUAAAGCAACGUGAAGAUCCUAACUCUGGAGUCACAUGGAAAGAAUACAAAUCAAUGACAUUUACAUUUCAGUUCAUAAACGAAACCGUGAGACUCGCAAAUAUAGUUCCAGGAAUCUUCCGAAAGGCACUGAGGGACAUUAAUUUCAAGGGUUAUACCAUCCCUGCAGGUUGGGCAGUCAUGGCCUGUCCUCCAGCUGUACACUUGAAUCCUGCUAUAUACAAGAAUCCUCUUUCUGUCAACCCAUGGAGAUGGGAGGGAGCGGAAAUAAAUGGUGCAUCAAAAAAUUUCAUGGCUUUUGGUGGGGGAAUGAGAUUUUGUGUUGGAACGGAGUUCACUAAGGUUCAAAUGGCUGUCUUUCUUCAUUGCUUGGUGACAAAAUUCAGGUGGCGACCCAUCAAAGGAGGGAACAUUCUAAGGACUCCUGGUUUACAAUUUCCAGAUGGUUAUCACGUUCAAAUUAUAGAGAAAGAUCAAAAGAUGCAGGAACCAGAAAUAUGAAAAGGGGUGAAUAUGGUAGUGUCAUGAUAUAGAGAAGGAUUAUACUUGACAUGUUCUCAACCAAUGGUAUUUUCAAGAAGAGCAUGACAAGACCUAGUGGAGGCCAGAGUAGUAACCGGGAAGAUCCCUCAAGUUUUGUUCACGUCACUGUAAACUUUGUGUUCCAUACUUGAAAUUACUCUCAAUAUACUGUUGAAGGGGAAAAAAGAAAAAACGGAAAAAAGUUUUAGAAGCAUGCAUCAAAUCCCAAAACAAUGGCGUGUUUUACCUCUGAGAAAGGUGAGAGAGAUGAGGAGGGGAAAUUUUCACUUUGUAACAAGCGGGCAUCUAUAUCAUAA